CUUAACAAACUGAUAGCUUAACUUUGCCUCUUCACAUUUUUCAUAUAUAUAAGUACCUUAGACUUCACCACCUUCCAUGUAAAUACUGCAACAAUGGCAAUCCGCGGCACCUUCUUCUCCGGUCUAACACUUCUUUUCAUUGGUUUUCUCGGUUUCGUUUGCAUCCCUGCCGAAGCUGCCACAAAGAAAUACCAGUUUGACGUUCAAGUGAAGAAUGUGAGUAGGUUGUGCCAUGCGAAACCCAUUGUAACUGUAAAUGGUAGAUUUCCAGGGCCAACUAUUUUUGUUAAAGAGGGAGAUAGAGUUCAGAUCAACGUUACAAACCAUGCACAAUAUAAUAUGUCCAUUCAUUGGCAUGGAUUGAAGCAAUAUCGUAAUGGUUGGGCCGAUGGUCCGGCUUAUAUAACACAGUGUCCGGUUCAGACCGGGAGUAACUACGUCUAUGACUUCAAUGUAACAGGACAGAGAGGAACAUUAUGGUGGCAUGCACAUAUUCUUUGGCUAAGAGCCACAGUUUAUGGUGCAAUUGUUAUCCUGCCAAAACAAGGAGUCCCAUUUCCAUUCCCACAGCCAAACAGAGAACAAACUAUUUUGCUAGGAGAAUGGUGGAAUACAGAUGUUGAAGAGGUGGUCAAGGAAGGGACCAACUUGGGCGUGCCGCCAAAUAUGUCUGAUGCGCACACAAUCAAUGGCAAACCAGGACCACUCUUUCCAUGUUCUGAAAAAUACACCUUUGCCAUGGAGGUUGAACUGGGGAAAACGUACCUCCUGAGGAUAAUCAAUGCAGCUCUCAACGACGAGCUCUUCUUUGCCAUUGCCGGUCACAACAUGACAGUAGUGGAGAUCGACGCAGUCUACACUAAGCCAUUCACAACGCAAGCUCUGCUCAUUGCCCCAGGACAGACAACAAACGUUUUGGUCCAAGCCAACCAAGUGCCAAACAGAUACUUCAUGGCUGCAAGGCCUUUCAUAGAUGUUCCAAUCCCCAUAGACAACAGAACCGCAACUGCCAUACUGCAAUACAAAGGCAUCCCCAACACAAUUCUCCCGAAACUCCCCAUUUUGCCAGCAUCAAACGACUCUUCAUUUGUGAUGAGCUACAAUAAGAAGCUCAGGAGCCUCAACACUCCAACCUAUCCAGCAAAUGUGCCACUAAAAGUGGAUAGAAAACUGUUCUACACAAUUGGAUUGGGGAGGAACGAUUGUCCAACUUGCGUUAAUGGCACGCGACUCACGGCUUCUCUGAACAAUAUCUCUUUUGUGAUGCCUCAGAUUGGGCUUCUUCAAGCUCAUUACUUCAACACAAAAGGGGUUUUCAGAACUGAUUUCCCGGACAAGCCUCCGACUCCUUUCAACUAUACUGGAGCACCACUCACUGCCAAUCUCGGCACCAUCCAAGGGACUAGGCUUAGUAAGAUUGCCUUCAACUCUACGGUUGAAUUGGUUCUGCAAGACACUAGUCUCCUAACUGUUGAGUCACAUCCAUUCCAUCUUCAUGGCUACAACUUCUUUGUUGUUGGAACUGGUAUUGGAAACUUUGAUCCUGCUAAGGACCCUGCAAAGUAUAACUUGGUUGAUCCUCCUGAGAGAAACACAGUUGGAGUUCCCACUGGUGGGUGGACAGCAAUUCGAUUUCUAGCUGACAAUCCAGGUGUUUGGUUUUUGCACUGUCAUUUGGAGCUCCAUACUGGUUGGGGACUGAAAACAGCAUUUGUGGUAGAAGAUGGACCUGGAAAAGAUCAAACCAUUCUGCCUCCACCAAAGGAUCUUCCACAAUGCUAGCCGUUUGAUUAAACUUUGCUAAAACUCAAAAAUUAAGGGCCUUGAUUUGUUUGUACAAACACUUUAUAUAUGUUUGACCUACAGUUUGUUUUAUGCUUCCUGCAAAAGUUGUGGGAGAUUUCUUGAGGAUCAUACGUAACUGAGAAGAAGUAACAGUUUGGGAAAUUGUUUGAAGCCAGAAAUGUAAUAAAACCUCAAGCAAAGCUAUAAUGGAUUGUUGUUUCCUUUUUUUAAUAUACUGCUUCUAAUUGUAAUUAAGCAUUUAUUGAAAGUAAUUAUAUCAUUAAUUUACUUGGAGCA